AUGUCAAAUCAUGUAUAUAUUCACUGGGCCAACACAUUACUACAAGAAAUUAAUAGGAGAAUUGAAGGAACAGAGGAGAUUCAAAAAGGAGAGGUUUUAUCUGAUUUAAUUGGUAUUUUGAUCAAUUCAUCUAUAACUGAAGAUAUACAGGGCAAACAAAAUGUUGAUCCUCAAACAUAUGUGCAGGCUGCUUUGGAUCAUAUGAAGUCAAAUGGAAUCAAACCAAAUUUUACUGCUCAAGAUAUAAUUGAUGGAGAUAUUAAGUCUAUAUUAGAUUGUUUAUGGCAACUUAUCUUACACUAUUGUGUACAUGAUAUUAAUCAUAAUAUAUUUAGAAGAACUGUUGGAAUUGGUAAAAGAAAUCUGUUAGAUUGGUGUCAGAAACCGUUGAAUACAUUUUUUGAUGGAAGAAAUACAUUAGCAAACAAUUUAUGUGCUGAUAAUUGGUUUAUAUUAUUACUAGAGAAAUUUACAGAUUUACUCUCUAAAGAUGAGGAUAAAGUUACAUAUCUCAGUAAUUUAUUAAGAGAUAUAGAAGUAAAAUAUGGUAUUAGUAAAGAUAUUUUAAUACCUUGUGAUGUUUUAGAUGGUACAGUUGAUGAGCAUUCUUUAAUGAUAUAUAUUUCACUCUUAAGAAGAAAGACGGAAGGCAGAAUAUUUAACACAGAACCUGAACAACAACAAAAACAAUAUACUCUUAGUAACGAUACUAAGAUUGAAGAAUUAAGUGAUAAUCAAUCAUUAACAGAAGAGAAGACAGUUCCUGAAGAUUCUAAAAUGACAGAAACAACCACACAGAUUAAAACAGAAUAUGAUACAGAUUUUAUAGAUGGUACUCAUUAUAAACCUGUGUAUCGUAAAGAAGAAGAGAAAGCUAUCAUAUUGAAACGACCUACUGAUUACUAUAACCAAUGGGAGAAGAAUAUUGAUCGUUUAUCACAAGGACCUGAAACAACAUCUAUAAUAACAGAUAGUAACACUACACCAGAAGAUAUCCUACUAAAUAUUGAUGAUUUUAAUGACAGUUUUGAUAAAUCACGUUCCCAUUCUGAAAAAUUAUAUAAACCAGACUUCAGUAAUGAUGAUAAAAAUAGUGAUAGUUUGAGAAGUGAAUCCAGAAGUCCAACUCGAAUCAUUGAUAGAUAUCAAACAAGACGAGAAUACAGACACAGUCCUGAACCUAGAUCUAGAAAUCAAACUCCAGACUCUGGUAAUGAUACAUCAUCUGAGAGGAAGUCUAGAAGCAAUGUGAAGUUUCAUGGUAGAAGAGAUGAUAGAUCACCAAGUCCUGAAGCUUUUAGUCAUUUUGAUGAGUUAAAACUUGCUCGAAAAGAUGUAGAUAGAACUAUGCCUAAAGGGGAAUUACAUAAACGUUCUAGAUCAGAUGAAAGACAUUAUAAACUUGAUGACCAAAUUAGUGAAAGAACCAAAGCCUUACGUCUCAGAGCUUCACAAUCUUUAGGACGUGAAAAUCGUAUACGUAAACGAAAUGAAGAAAUGCAGGCCUAUAAUAAUAAUAUAACUGAUGAAAUGAUCAAGAGUAAUUUAGGAUUUAAAAGUGAUCCAGUCAAUGUUAUCACUCCAUUACGUCAUAUUGGUAGUGCUGAACGAAUUUAUAAGGAUGAAGACUCAACAUUCAUUAAAUUGUUAGAUGUUCAACGAAAUCGACCUCUACCAUAUGAACUAGGAUCAGCUAGAAUUCCUAGAAGAGAAGCUUGGGAGGGAAGAAAGAGCUACAGUUAUGAUGAUCUAUUAGAUGAUGAGAGGGACAUUGGAGGUCAUAGAGAGUUCCUAGGUUCAUUGGACAGAGAAAUUGAUCAGAUUGAUGAUAGUAUUGAAAGUUUAGAUAGAUCACGAAGACUACCAAGAAUUUCAUCCUUGAGUGAUGUAAAUGAUAAAUUAUGGUCACAAGAAUUUCGAGACAUUAGCAGUAUCAGUAAUCCAUAUCACUCUACCUAUAACAUACAUGAUGAUAAUAGACAUUUAUCUCUAGAAACAUACAGAAGUCGAUCCCUGAGUCCACGAUCCAGAAUACCAUUAUCUACCUACCCUCCAGCGUAUACCAGACCUAGGUCAUCACUGGGUAUCUGUCAACCCAAUUAUAGAUCUAACUUUAAUUAUGAAGAAAUUGGAUUGGAGGAUGGAAAAUAUCGCCAUGAACCACUUGGUAGAUUUGAUGUUCGUACUAAUUAUUAUAAUCCUGAUUAUAACUCACAUACAGAAAUAGAAACAAGUUAUGUAUCUCGAGCUACAUCUAUGUCCCCGACUCGCCAUCAAACUAUUGAUCUAGGGUACUCCAGUCCAGUUCGAAGAGUCAAUGAUGAAAUUUGGGGAUCAGAAGUAGCUGAAACUGAUGGUUUUGAUCCAAAUAGACAAGAGAAAUGGAAACAUUUGAUUAACCUUACUGAUAUGACUAAUGAAGAUGUUAUAGAAUUAAAACAAGCCCUGGCUAGUGCUAUUGUAGAAAAUGAUAUUUUAUAUGCCAAAUUAACCAAUGCUAAGAAAGAGUUUUCUGAAAAGUUGAUGAAAACUACUGAAGUACUUGAUGAUUGCCGAAAACAUUUAGCUACUGCCCAAGCUGAAAAUCAGGAAUUACGAACAUUUUUAAAUCAAGAAAAACGGAUCAAUGCUGCUCUGGAAGCAAAAGUUAAGGAACUAGAAGAACAGUUGAAUAUUUCAGAAACUAACUACAAUCAAUUGGAGAUUAAACUUGAAGAUGCUCUGAGAGAAGUAGAACAGUUAAGAGGAGAAUUAAAUGAAUUAGAGGAUUGUGAAUUGGAGAAUGAACAGUUGACAAAUAAAGUAACAACAUUGGAAAGAAACAAUAAAGCUUUAUCUGAGGAUUUAAGUAAAAUGCAAGAAACUCAUGAGAAGUCUCAAACAACAAUUCGAGAAAUAAGAAAAUGUCUAGAAGAGGUACGUAAUGAAAGACAUGAGUUACAAGAUGAAGUAUCCAGAUUAAAGUAUAAAGAAAGAUAUACACCAACUGUGCCAGAACCUUCCAUUAACAGAUAUACUGAGAGAAUUCUAGAACAUGAUAUAGAGAAACCUUCCACUCCUAUUAGAACAUUUAAACCAAUAAUAGAGACCCCAGUAUCAUCUCCAGUACAAUCUAUCUCAACAACAUACUCUGAGAGACAGACCACAAUACCUGAUAGACAGACAACUAUACCAACUAGACAGCCUGAUAGACAGAUUUUUAUUCCCAGUAGACAUACAGCAUCACUUGAUAGACAAACAACAUCUACAAGACGGAGAACUGUACCAACUAGACACAUAGGUACAUCUCCAAUUAGACAUACUUCUCCAAUUAGACAUACUUCUCCAAUAAGACAUACUUCUCCGAUAAGACAUACUUCUCCAAUUAGACAUACGUCCCCGCCUAGAUAUACGUCCCCGCCUAGAUAUACAUCCCCGCCUAGAUAUACUUCCCCAAUUCGCAGGACUUCUCCAAUAAGACAUACGUCUCCAAUUCGAAGGACAUCUCCUAUCCGUCAGUCAUAUAUCUCACCGACAAGAUUAUCUACCAUCCCGUCGUCAAGAUUUGCCACCAGUGAUAGUACAUCAAAAUUCUCCUCUUCUAAGAUUGACAGAGAUAGUUACAGAAGUGAGGGAAAAUUUACAGAAAAGAAAUUUACAGAUUAUCCUGUGAGAGAUACAUAUAGUAGUUCCAGUAUUAAUAAAACAAAGGGAUCAACCUCCGUACCAAUCAGUUACACUUCAAGAACCACAUCGCCUCCUAGAGAGUACACACAUAGAACAACAUCUCCAAUACGUACCUUCUCUCCAACUAGAUCUGUAUCAGAAGGUAGAAAUAGUAGAUAUUCUACCUUUAAUACGACUCAUAAUUACAAACCUUCAACAACCACCACCCGAUAUACACAACGAUCUACCAGUCCCUUUAAAUAUUCUGAUAUCACUGUGCCUUCAAACUAUAGAGAAAUCUAUCCACAUCGAAAGUCCCGUUACUCUGCAGAACGAAGUAGUUUUAACAGCUCGAGGGAUUAUGAAAGUAGGAAGAGUACCACAACUACUAAUAAAUUUACAGAUUAUCCUGAUCUAAAACAUUAUCCCUCUAGAUUACGAUUUGAUGAUGAUAAUAUUAGACAAAAGGAUACAACACCUAACAAAUCAACAUCACAAUAUGCAGAAAACUUCCAUGAUGAAUCUGGUGAUGAAGAAUAUGAGUAUAAGUACACUCGUAAAGUUACUACUGAGACAACCAAUAACCAGUCUUCUUACAAUGAUGAAACAUCUAAACCUUUCACAGAACAUAUCAGUAGAAGAGAUAGAACCUUUGGUGAACCAGCCUUUCAUUCAAGAAUAAGAAGCAGAAGUCAAAGUCCCUUCUCUGCCAGAACAACUCUACAUAAUGAAGAUUUCAAUCGGGAACUAAAUUCUGUAUUUAAUAGACAUGAUAGUAUCAGAGCAAGAAGUACCAGUCCAGCUAGGUUUCCUAGAAGAGGUAUAUUGAAGAAUGCUAGAAGUGAUCAGAAUAUUAAUCUUAGUGGUAGAAGUGUCAGUCCUGUACCAUUCUCUUCAUACAGACAUAACAGUGCAGCAUCUAGAUUUUCUACAAGUGAUAACAAGACUAAAGUUCGUAUAACUCCUAGCAGUACCUCAGAUUAUAGUAGAAGUGUUAUAUCUUCUAAUUCUACAGCUGUAGCACCAAAUACUAAAUACCAGAUAGAAAUUGAUGGUGAUUUAAAUGUUAUGGUCAAUGGGAAAGUAAAUGUUGUUACUAAUGACAACAUUCGUAACACCCCACCACCAUUAAGUGAUGAACAGAGAAGCUAUGCUAAUCACCUGAUAGAGAAAUAUACCAAACCAAGCUGUAGUCUUCGGACCAUUAAUAUAUAG